UAUGUAGUGUGUUUAUAGUGUGUAGUGUGUAUGUAGUGUAUCUGUAGUGUGUGUAGUGUGUAAAUCGUAGUGUAUAUCUGUAGCGUGUAGUUUGUACAGUGUGUGUGUAGUGUGUAGCAUGUGGUGUGUAUCACAGUAUACUUGUGUACUGUGUGUUCGUUCUAAAUCGUAGUGUGUGUGUGUGUGUGUGUGUGUGUGUGUGUGUGUGUAGUGUAUAUAGUGUGUGUGUGAAGGGGGAAAGCGAUACGACCCAAACCUCACACCGCGAUACUUGAUGUUUUCAUGAUAUUUACGAUAUUUAAAAAUAAAUAAAUAAAUAACAUUUUUAAAAUAAUUUUUAAAGUGAUAUUUUACAUCUAUUUUGAAUCUUUAAAACUGUAAAAUAUAAAUUUAUUUCUUUUCAGUCAUUUUUUUACACCGAUAUAAAGUGUUUCAGCUGCACACAACAAACGCACACAUACACACAACAUACACACACAUACACACAACAAACGCACACAUACACACAACAUACACACAGGACUGCAGAACGGUGCGGAGGGAAACACUGGCGCUUCAGUCGUCUGUAAACGGUUGACUGUAAUAGCAGCAGUAAAGGCGCCGUAUUAGUAAAGUGUCCGUUAUAAAGUGCAGGUGUGCGGUGACGGAUGUUCCGUGGUACCUGUCGGGAGGUGUUGAUUAGUCCAGGUGAGCGUUGGGAGGCAGAGGGGAGUUGUCUGAGGUGUCGGUGAUGAGCAGAGAGACGCCGAUGAUCCGCUGUAGGAAGUAUUUAGAGCUCUUACAGAAACCCCUGCUGUGUUUGGCUCGUUGUAACCUCUUCACCUUCUGGAUGGUGGUGCUGAAGUGAACCUGGGAGCUGUCGGACGUAAAAUGGGCGACGAUCGACCUUUCGUGUGCUCCGCCCCCGGCUGUGGACAGCGGUUUACAAAUGAAGAUCAUCUUGCGGUACAUAAACACAAACAUGAGAUGACGCUGAAGUUUGGACAGACUCGAACCGACACGGUGAUUAUCGCAGAUCAGACCCCGACUCCCACCCGUUUCCUGAAGAACUGCGAGGAGGUGGGUUUGUUCAGCGAGCUCGAUGGCUCCUUCGAACACGAGCUCCGUAAAUCCCAGGAGGAGGAGGAGCGAAGAACCAAAAGCACGCUUUCUGCUGUUCCUCCCUCCGAGAUGAAGGAGAGAGACGGACCUCUGGAGAUCGACUCUUCUCCUCCGGACAGUCCUUCAUCUGCCUCCAGCAUGACCGACUCCAAAGACUCGGAGACGCUGGUGAAGGAACCUGUUCCCAUCAGGAUGAACAAGGAAGUGCCUCCAAGGACAGCCGCAGCGAGUGCCACGCCCACACCCACCAUCGUACGCCCCGGGUCACUUCCUCUGCAUUUAGGAUACGACUCUAUAAACCCCACUCAGCCAUCGCCCACGUCCGUCAUCACCCGGACUCCGCCCUCCAACAGACUCAGUUCUCCCUCGGCUUCCUUUCCCAUGAUGAUGCAACUUCCUAACGGUCAGACCGUCCCUCUGCUUCCCAGUCCCGGACAAACAUCCGUCAUAUCAGUGGCCAGGUCAUCGAAUCCAGUACCCAAUAUUCCUGGAAUUCCCGGCCCUCCGAUUGGUGGAAGCAGCAGUGGCUCCUCCUCUCCGUCUGGAUACAACUCACAUACUGAUGCCAAGAUGAGGCUGAAAGCUGCACUGUCACCACAGAGUGUUAGCGGAUCAACACCAAGCCAAAAACCUGAACCCAGUGAGACGCUCUCACCUGCACAGCCACAGGUGUCUCCUGCAGCUCCGAGAGGAGGGCGUCGGCGUCGUGGGGCGGAGAUCGAGCCUGAUGAGCGCAGGCGCCGUUUUCUGGAGCGGAACCGAGCGGCUGCGUAUCGCUGCAGACAGAAAAGGAAAGUGUGGGUCAACGCCCUGGAAAAGCGCGCAGAGGAACUCGCCACUGCCAACGUCACACUCACGAAUGAAGUGUCUCUGCUCAGAGCCGAGGUGACCCGUCUAAAGGAGCUCCUGCUGGCUCAUAAAGACUGUCCCGUUACUGCCAUGCAGAAAAAAGCCUACCUGGCUGCAGGUGUGGAUGAGAGCUCGGUAUCGGCGCUGGUUCUGCCCGUCUCGGUUCCGGCUCCGGUCUCCGUUAACGGACUGAGUGUGCGAGCGGCGGAGGCUGUGGCCGUGUUGGCGGGGAUGGGGUCGGGCCAGUGGAGCGGCGCGGGAGCGGGCGGAGACACGCCCACCCAGUCACAGCCCACCUCCAGAUGAUGACCGUGCGCUCCGGCCAAUGGGAAGUGGGCGUGGCUCGAGGAGGUGGGCGUGUCACGCGAGCGCAUUGUUGCUGAACUGUUGAAACCACUCCCUGCUUUUCACUCUCACCGUUUUUUCUGGACCUUUAAGUGUGUGACGUGUCACGUGAUGUCGCUGGCUGACUAUACAGACUCGGACGCACUGCAGGAAAAACACACACACACACACACACACACACACGCACGCACACACACACACACACACACACACACAGCUCAUAUCCUGUACUUUCUCAUGUUACAUUUUUAAUAACUGAUAUAUUUCUUUGGUGUUUGUGACUGCAUGAUUCAUUCAGACGAGUUCACACUAGCAAGGUGACAAGUCGCCCAUGUCACUUGUGGGCGUGGCCUAACCUGCGUUUCGAAGAGAAACAGUAGUAUGUAUGUAUAUGUAUGUAUAUAUAUAUAUAUAUAUAUAUAUAUAUAUAUAUAUAUAUAUAGACACACACACACACACAAACAUAUCUUUAAAACUAACUAGUUAGACACACGUUAAAUACCGCACUGAUCAGCGUGAAAAUGAAACGGUUGUGUUGUUUCGGUGUUACACACUCAGCUUCAUUCUCAGAUUAGAUUAGCAAAGCGAGUUAACUGUACUAGCUACAUACACUAGCUACUUCCUUCCAAGCUCUAUUCUUCUUCCUAACGUCUCUAUAUGACAGUUAACGAGAGAUCGGAUAUGCCAGGAGAAAAACCACGGUUGUACAAUUUUCUUCCAUUUUGGCGAGAAACAAUUGAAGGUAGGAGCUAAAUUUGCCACGGGAUUGUUCCGAUGAAUCAUUCAAGCUUGUUGUUUUACAGCAUCAUACCUAAUUUGCAUAGAACUCGUACCUAAUUUGCAUAGAACUCGUACCUAAUUUGCAUAGAACUCGUACCUAAUUUGCAUAAAAAUGUUUCUGAAAUCUCCGUACGCAGAAAACGGACCUGUUGCUUUGUCGCUCGCUAGUGUGAACGUAGGUUUAGACGCAUUAACGUGCUAGACUCCGCCUCUGAGACUCCGCCUCUUUUCUCUCUACACUUCCUUCCUUUUGUCCUAAAAACUCUGACUAGUGAACGUGGAAAUCCUUCCUCUGAGGAAGAGCAGCGUAAUUUUAUGUACGCGUGUUAAUAUCGGUCAGUGUAUACGAUGCGUUAGCAUAAACCACAAACAAUCACGUGAUCACGUUAUUUUUAACAAAACGAUCUGCUUUGUUCAUUUAGCCAGUAUAACAACUCUCGCAUCAUCUGUGUGAUGUACAGGUUUUAAAAUCAUUGUAGGAUCUCAGGACACACACACACACACACACACACACUUUAUGUAUAUAUAUAUAUAUAUAUAUAUAUAUAUAUAUAUAUAUAUUAUAUAUAUAUAUAUAUAUAAUGUAUAAAUGCACCGAUGCUUUUCAUUUCUCACAGCUGGUUUUAUACUCGUAUGCAUAUCGUGAAAGGAUCAUCAUACAGCAAAUAUUAGGAAAAAAAACGUGAUAAUCAUUAAAACUAGCGCUAAUCACUAUUUAACUCUUGUUUUUGUUCACUUAAGCGCUUUGUUUCAGCAAUUUGUCAUAGCGACAUGCUUUAAGUGUGUGUGUGUGUGUGUGUGUGUGAUUACAAUACAGACGAGAAUGCAGUCUCUCUCACAGUGGAAGUGUAAGCGGCAAAUGCUGAACGUUUUCGUCAUCACAGUUUGACGAAGUCUUGAGUUAAAGGUAUUUUUGUAUAUAAACGAAGCUGUAAAUGUGUCAAAUCGCUUCUUUCAGAGACGGGACUACUUUUGUUUUGGCGUAGGGAUAUCACAAAACUUCCAGGAAAGCGUUAAAUAACCGGAACUACUUUACUUUAUUUCUGCAGCAUUGGAAAGUUCUUGUCAAUCAUACACACACACACACACACACACACACUACACCACAUCCUCAUGCUCAGUAUUUAUUAGGUCUUCGUUCUGUGAGGCCCCGCCCCAUUCCGCCCCGCCCUCAUAUCCAGUCGCGUGUGUGUGUGUGUGUGUGUGUUGUGCUUUAUGAAUAUGAAUGAAGAGCGUAUCCUCUGUGUGUAUCACUAACUGAACGUGUGAAAGUGUCGCUCAUCAGCUGAACUCUUUACAGAGCUGUAAAUAUCAGUGAGUAUAUAAAAUAAUAAAAUACGUGUCGCAGCAUCGCUGUCUGUAUAUGAACUAAAUGAAAUGGUCCUGAAGAUAUAUUGUAAUAAAUAAACAUUCGAUGGAA